UUCUGUUUUACAUGUGAAAUAGCUUCAGUGGCUUUUGGACAAUUAUGAAACUGCAGAAGGAGUGAGCCUCCCUAGAAGUACCCUUUACAACCACUACUUACGACACUGUCAGGAGCACAAGUUGGAUCCAGUCAAUGCAGCAUCCUUUGGAAAACUCAUACGGUCAAUCUUCAUGGGGUUACGGACAAGAAGACUUGGAACUAGGGGGAACUCCAAAUACCAUUACUAUGGGAUUCGUGUCAAGCCAGAUUCUCCUCUUAAUCGUCUACAGGAGGACAUGCAAUAUAUGGCUAUGAGACAGCAGCCCAUGCAGCAGAAACAGAGGUAUAAGCCUGUGCAGAAAGUGGAUGGAGUUGCAGAUGGCUUCACAGGAAGUGGUCAACAGACAGGCACAUCUGUUGAACAAACUGUAAUUGCCCAAAGUCAACAUCAUCAGCAGUUUUUAGAUGCAUCUCGAGUACUUCCGGAGUUUGGUGAAGUUGAAAUGUCUUCUCUACCAGAUGGUACAACCUUUGAGGACAUCAAAUCACUGCAGAGUCUUUAUCGAGAGCACUGUGAGGCAAUUCUGGAUGUGGUAGUGAAUCUUCAAUUCAGCCUGAUAGAAAAGUUGUGGCAAACUUUCUGGCGCUAUUCUCCCUCUACUCCACCUGAUGGUACUACUGUUAAUGAACCUAGCAAUCUGAGUGAAAUAGAAAGUCGACUUCCAAAAGCAAAACUGAUUACUCUGUGCAAAAAUGAAUCUAUUCUGAAAUGGAUGUGUAACUGUGAUCACGUGAUGUACCAGGCUUUGGUGGAGAUUCUCAUUCCUGACGUCCUUAGACCUAUUCCUAGUAAGUUGAACUAA